CAGUGACCGAGCAGAAUAAAAUCUAUCUCCACCGCCUCCUGCCCACUGCCCCUGGGACGGGGGUCGCUCCGGCCAGCGGCCUGUCCUAUGGUGCCGGCAGCGGUCGGUCUCUCCGUUCUCCGCCGCCGCCCAGGGUCAACCGAGCAACUCACGUCAUGACCCGGCCGCUCGGCGUGGGCGUGCCGUUGCCGAGCCCGCCCGUCACUAGGUCCCGACGCCAUUUUACGCCGGCGGCCGCAGCUACAGAAGCAGCCCGGGGCUUCAGAAAGCAGACCACUGCAGAGUUCUUCAAACCAGUUUUAAACCAAGACCUUGGCCAUAAAGACAGUAUUGUGCUGUGUUCACCAGACAGAGGAAAUGUAAAAGAUGCAGGAAUUGGACUGUCAGUUUUAUGCACUGAACGUUUUGAAAAGAAAAUAUCUUCUUCAAAGAAGGUCAGAAGAAAAAAGAUGCCAGACCAAACACCAAACACAGGUUCUGUGAUAGAUGCCUUUCGGAGAGUAAAGGAGGAAAAGGACAGCGUAAACAUUUUAGAGAAUGACAGAGCAUGCAAAGCACUGGAUUCAUUAUACCCAAAAGUUGUGAUUCAAAGACUCCUUAUUACUGCAGGGUCUCACAACUGUUUCUUAGCCAAAAAGGAUAAAACUAUCAAGUCUGAAGAAGGAAGAAAUAAGAAGUGUCUGGGUGUAACAAGAGUACCAUUGUCUUGUGGAAAUAGUUGGGAACAGAAAACUGACUGUAUGGAUCUAGAAGACAGUAGUUCAGACUCUGACAAAUGGGUUUCAGAAGCUGAUACUCUAAAAGCCUGUGCUAGAAAUAAUGGCACCGUGAACAACGUAUCUCCCUGCCAAAACCCAGGUCUUCCCAUGAAAUUGUCCUGCACUCCAACUGACUCUGAAUGUAGGUUGUCACUGGAAACUCUCCACAGAGAAAGGAAGCGGAAGAAACAUAUAAUGAAACAAUCUAAGCCACACCCUGUAAAGCCAUUCUCAGGAACAAGUGUAUCACAUCAGGGAAAUGAACGUCCUUUAAGAAAAGUACCACAUUCUUGUCCAAGGGAGACUGCCUCAGAUGACACCUCUCAGCCAAAGCAGGUUUCAAAACAUCAGGGGUCUUCAAAUGCACUGAGAACAUCAUCUGAGAUGGCCGCUGGUAGGCAGAAGAGGCAAUCUAUUCCUUCACACUGCCUUAGAUCUAAGAUGUGUUUUGGGCAAUCCAAACAAAUAGACUUUCCUGGGAAAAAAAGACAUGCUACCAUAAGUAUGGAUACACACAGCUCAAAUCAAUCUAAAGUAUCAGGUUUGAAUGACCCUACUUUUAGUAGAUCAUCUGCAAAAUGCAAAAAUAAGAAGUCUGACUUUGUAAAAAGUAUUUUAAAGUCUACUUGUGGUGAUGUUCUGCAAAUAAAGGAGGCUGCUGCUCUACCUAGACGUGACUCUACUUUUCCAGAGGAAUACCUCAAUUCAAGUGAUGAAAAUGAGAAAAAUAAUUGCUCCGCUGUAGGCUUGUCAUCUUCAUAUUCUGUACGCACUCCUGGUAAAAAUAACGAGACUUCUGUUGUGGAUACCAAAGAGAAUCAAUUGCAGGUGGCUAACUCAUACUGUUUCUUGGAAAAGUCCCUUCCUUUUUCUCAGGAAAUAAGUACUGUGUUGCCUUCUCUCCACCACUUAACACAAACAAAAGGUGUGAAAUCUCAUCUCCAGAAUGCUAGCUUCUCUCAGGUAUUGGAUGCUAAGAAAGAGCAAGAUGGGAAAAUACCAGAAAGACAUGCAUGUAAUAAAGCUUACAAUAUUCAGUCCAGAAAAAGUUUUUUGAAAACAAAAUACACGACUUCAGAAGAUGCUUCUGAUUCUUGUUUAGUGGAAGGCUCUAGGAAGCUUGUACUCUCAGAAGAGACUGGUGAAAGUGUUCCGCAUUUGUUGCCUUUUAAAGAAGGGUGUAUGGACAGCGGCCAUAUGUCCUCACGACUGUCAGGAGAGGUAAAGGCUCGAAGCACCUGUACAAACAAGUCCAAGCUGAAUGCAAGAUCAAUAAUCAGCUUUGAUAGUGAAGAUGACAGUUUGGAAUGCAGUCUAGCUGAUGUAGAUGAUGAUGAAGAAGUAGCAUUCGUGUCACUGCAACAAAUUCUCUCUUCAAGUCCCAAGCCACAGACAGGAACGGAAGAAUUUUGUGUUGACAGCUCUUCUCAGGACACCGUGAAUCCAUUACUGAAUCUUCAUCUUUCCAAGCCUUCUGUUGUUAGCCAGGUGUCAUAUGUGAACAGCUUGGAACAUCUCUUGAAGGAGAAAGAAGAAUCAAAAAGGGUAGAUGAACUAGAAAGAUGGUUACAGGAAGACAUGCAAGGAAAGGAAGCUGAUUCUUUGGAUGGAGAACAUGAGGAUGCCAGUGGAGAUGAAGAUCUCUCAGAAGAACACAGGGCGAUUAUAAAGAGAUUUUCAGUAGUAGCUCAUGCCAUACCUGACUACCCCCCUGGAGAAGAUAUAUUUGAUUUUUCAACCUCUGGGAAAAUCUUCAAUCAGCAUAACCUUGACUUGAGGAAUUUUCACUUCAUCCCUCAAAAUCCUAUAGAAAGGCUCCUUCUUAAUUCUGGUGUAACACAGCAGCUUUCUUUAGCUAUUAGUGGUUUUCUAAGUUCUGCUUACAGUUGUAUCUUGUGUCCCAUACCAAUUCUAAAGUGGCUUUUCCAGAUGAUGUCUGUUCAUCCUGACUAUUGUGUUUCCACCCAGAUUUUAGACAGACUGAUGGAGAUAACACUAAAAAAUGCUUCCAUCAGUGAUGAACAGUCUAAACCAUGGAUUCCUUCGUUAGCUGAUGUGUCAACAGUUUUUGUCAAUAUGGGUGUUGCGUUUCGAUCUCUCUUUCCAUUGCAGCAUCUUCAGCCCAACUUUAACGAGCGUGAUAUUUUAAGUCAGAUGCAAGAAACAGUGGGUAAACAACAGCCAAGAGGAGACCUAACCUCUGCUGGUCCAGCCUUCUCCAGUCUACCAGAAAACAAUUUAAUUAAUGUCAUUAAGUUUCUAGGUUUCUGUACAACAGUAAUUCAAGGUGGAUAUACUGAUCAAGAAAUAUUGCUGCUGCUUCUCUUGCUAUUUAAAAUAAGCUUGGAGAAACAGUUAAAGCGAAUUCCUUUGAUAGAUUUUCAGUGCCUUUUCAUAAAGCUUCUGAUAAGUAUAAAAGACUGGGAUACAAAGAUGCCUGAGCUGUGCCUGGCAGUGAGUGAACUCUCCAGUCAUCACCAUAAUCUCCUAUGGCUAGUUCAGCUGGUGCCUAGCUGGAUAGUGUGUGGACGGGAAGUAAGAAGACGUCUUAGCCUAGUGAUCAUUUCAAAGCUUCUUCAUAAAAAGCACAUAGAAAUACCUGAUGACAGUGACAAGCAGAUGUCUCUUCUGCAUCAGUUUCUGGUGUACAUGAAACCUUCUAAUUUACUAAAGAAGAUGAGAGAAGGACUGGAGCAGCAGAAUGCCAGUGAAGACCACCUUCAUACGGAACUAGAACAGGAGGCAUACUACCUAAUCUACAUCCUCCUUCAUCUAGUCAGUGAAGCUAGUUUCUUUGAUGUUGUAAAUUCUAAUCAAAGGCAGCACUUACUGAAGCUUUGUGGUGCCUUAGAUAAGCACAUAAAAUGUGAUAUUAGGGAAGAUGCAAGGCUGUUUUAUCGAACUAAGGUAAGACAUGUAAAAGACUUAGUUGCUAGGAUAUAUGGCAAAUGGCAAGAUAUGAUACAAACCACUUGGCCUACUCAGGGAAAACUGCAUGACUUCUGGGAGCCAGAUUCAUAAAAUCUUGCCUAGUUCAGGGAAAGUAACAGCAAAAAUUCUGAAAAAGAAUGAAUGGAGCUUCACCUUGGUCGGAACGGAAGAAAUCAGUCAGCUGAGUUAGAACUUGAGCUUGAUUCAGGCAAUUACUAGAAACACAAGAAUCUACUUUAUUUAACAUUGCUUUUGUUACAAAUACACUACUUCUGAAAAACUGAAGUGGGUAAACUGGAAAAAAAACCAAACCAACCAUUUCUAUAGCCCUGUCUGAAUUGGCUAGAAAUAUUUUAUCAUAUUGAAAGCUGAGGGAAGUUUUCUCGUUUCCAUUGUUAAUCACAAGACAUAUUUGCAAACCUAAAGUAUUUGUUCUGUUGCCAGCACACACCUGCAAGCAUUGUUUUAGGAUGUCUGGGAAAGAACUGCCCCGUGACAUGGAAUGUGAGUUCAGAAAUAGUGUUAGACCUCCCACAUUGCAAGCAGGUGAGGAAGUGGUUCAGAACUGGGCUGAAUAACAGAAUUGCCUGCACAUGGUAAUCUGCAAAGCAGAAUUGGUAUGAUAAUCCAAUAUCUCUAAAAAAUACAAAAUACAGCAGUUGCAUGGGAACAAGUGAUGGCUGUCAUGUUUACUUGACAGUGGGAAAAAAGGUUAAGAGCAAUUGUGGCCUAACAGGUUAAGUGGAUCCCUUUUUGCUCUGUGGUUUUAUCAAAUUAAAAAAUGGAAUUUAUUAGUGAUGCAUUCAUUUUAACUUAUUCCUCAUCUUAAGGCACCAAUUUAUUUAUGCAGUGAAGGUGACUAGGAAGUGUUUCUGUAAGACCCAAGUUAUAAAUGAGCUCUUGUUAUACCAGUAGUAUUGUUGUACUGCUCCUGAAGAGGCAAACUUAUCUAUAUUUGUUAUCUAGCUUCAGCAUUUUCUCUAAAUGGAGAAAAUACUAAUGUUAAAAUCUCAGUUCAGUGAAGAUUUGAGAAGAUUAGCAUUUGGGCCACCUAUAUAAAAACUGUGAAAGCCAUAUGAGGUCUGAAUUCCUUUGUGUGAAGUCUUACUGCUUGUACAAUAUAUGCACAAACCUCCAAGAGCUGUUUGUGAAAUAAUCAAAGGAAGAUGUGAUCUCCUUUUGUGCUUUCUGUGCAAAUGCCAUCAUUUAAAUCUUACACUGUGGUUUGUCUGUAGGAUUUGUCUAUAUAUUAAGAGAAAAUUAAGGUAUCGACUAGAAGCACCAACUGGGGUUCCCAUAACAAGCAAGAUUUUUAAUAAUAUCAACAUGUGCGUUUUAUAAUACUGUGUCCUUUUAAUUUUUGUAGAUUACUCUGUCUUCCUUUGUAUAAAUUCCUUACAGCUUUCCAAAAUGAGAAUGUAAAAUAAAGCUGAAAAAAACCCAAAACCAGAACCUUCACGUUUAAGUACCUUUAUUGCAUAUAAAGGAACUGCUAUGAAAUGGACACAUUUUAUAAGGAAGGUAUUUGCCAAUUCAUACUAAAUGUUUUGUCUUUCAUUUCAAGUGUUAGAGAGUUAGCUUAAAACUGCAGCAUCUCUGUGCCCUUCACAGAAUAAACAGCUUAUCCUUGUUCAAACAAAAGUUAUGCUUGUGGCAUUGUUCGGGAGUGGGAGGGAGAGAGAAUCCCUUUUUUAAAAUCUCAAUGUGUUAUUUAAAAUUUGGAAGAAUCUACCUCAAAGUGUAUCUUUGUUCGGCAAAAGCACUGCUUUACCCUAAAAAAAAUUAGUGUUAUACAGGUAUGGCAAUGCCAUCCUUGGCUCUGUCUGUCUUUGAUAGUAUGUCAACCUUCCCUCUGGUAGCGGUUACUUACUCUGUUGAAUGAAUUGUAUGUAAUUUUAUGAAUGUUUAUAUUUUUUCUCACUAAUGUUGUAUAAAGUUUAAAAAAAUAGCAGGACUUUACUGUAAUGUAAUGUGUAUAUAUUUUCUUGCCUUGUAAAGUUGAAGUUGCUGUCCUGUAUAUUUUCAAGAAGGGGAGGGGGUUAGAUGAACAGCUUUUGUACUGCAGUUAAAAGCACACUGAAACUGCUGAGGUUUUUUUCCAGAUGGAAUAACCACUUUGAUAUUAACUUUUAUUUAAUAGAAUAAUGAAAAAAUAAAACCAGAUAUGCUUUUCUAAUUAAAUGUCCCUGGACAAAAUGGGCAUGCCUCAGCUCUGUUUCACGAAAAAAUGGCUGCAGGUCCUAUUUUGGUCUUACAGCACAUGUUGUAAUUCUUAGGUUCACAGCUGAUUAGCUUACUAUAAAUGGAGGAAGUCUUGAAAUCAUUCUUAGCUCAGCCAGUCCUGUGUUUCAUGCUUAAUGCCUGUGUAUACAUUCUGGCGUUUUCCCUCUGUUCCCUUCCUGCUUUGUGUGGACUCUUCUUCCAUCUAUUUUAUAACUUGAGUAAUAAUUCCCCAGUUGCUUAAGUCUAGACAUGGAUUGAGUUGGAGCUCAUCGGUAUCCUUACAGAGAUGAUCCCAAAGCAUUGCUGCAGUCUUUACACGGGACUGCUGAGCUGAGCACUGCUUCAGGACUCCUGGAAAAGAAAUAGCAAACCUGCUGUUGUGUUUUGCAGACUCAUUUACUGGCCCCCAGCCAGAAGUUACACGCAUUGGAAAAGGCUGUUUGCACAGUAAAUGUCUUAACUGCUUUAGUUGUCUUCAGAUAAGCAUUUUGCACUGAGGUUUAUCUUUUGAUAUUAUGUUGGCUAUAUUAAGAGCCACGUUAUCUCAUUUCAUGUGAAAUUAGGUGCACUUUAUUGCAGUAAUCACAGACAAAAUAUUAAAGGCUGACUAUAAAAUAUA